CCAAAUAUACCGGAAGAUAAUACGCAGUUUCUGUCACAUAGCAUUUCAUGCUCUCAAUUCUCAACCAAAAGCCAAAAUCUAAAAUGAAUUAAUACAGGAGUACAGAAUAAGUUGAGAUUCAAAACUAAAAUAACAGAAGAAAAAUAAUGGAUCAUAAAAAGGAGAAGGCAAAGGAGAAAAGAGAAAAAAGACGGCAAGAGAUCUCUCUUUUACGUACUAUUCCUUAUUCCGAUCACCGAAAAUGGUGGUCAUCCGAUACUGUUGCUGUGGUGACUGGUGCAAAUAGAGGGAUCGGAUUUGAGAUUGCUCAUCAACUAGCAUCACAUGGCUUAACAGUUGUUCUCACAUCGCGAGAGACUGGUGUCGGUGAAGAGGCAGUGAAAGUCAUGCAAGAAGGAGGUUUAAAUGUAGCAUUUCAUCAACUGGAUAUCGUCGAUCAUGCAUCAGUUGAAGCAUUUUCUGAUUGGAUAAAAGAAACUUAUGGCGGUUUAGAUAUACUGAUCAACAAUGCAGGAGUGAGUUUCAAUGUUGGUACAGAGAAUUCCAUGGAACAUGCUGAAACUGUCAUCCAAACCAACUAUUUUGGCACAAAGAAUAUGACUAAAGCGAUGAUUCCAUUGAUGAGGCCUUCUCCUUCUGGUGGUCGUAUUGUUAGUGUGAGCUCUCGAUUGGGAAGACUUAACGGCAAAAAGAAUAGAAUUACAAAUGUUAGCCUGAGACAGCAACUGGAGGAUGUGGACUCUUUAUCAGAGGAACUGAUUGAUAAUAGUGUGAAGAAAUUUUUGGAACAAGUAAAAGAAGGGACAUGGGAAUCAGAGGGAUGGCCUCAAGUGUUCACUGACUACUCAGUGUCAAAACUUGCAGUAAAUGCUUACACCAGGCUAAUGGCAAGGAUACUCGAAGAUCGUCCAGAGGGUCAUAAGAUAUAUAUCAAUUGCUAUUGCCCGGGUUGGGUGAAGACCGCGAUGACUGGUUGGUCGGGGCAUAUAUCUCCAGAAGACGCUGCUGAUACUGCAGUCUGGCUUGCUCUACUACCUGAUCAGUUUGUGAGUGGUAAGUUUUGGGCUGAAAGGCGUGAGAUAAGCUUUUAAUAUGUGGAGCAGUUGGUGUUUGCAUUAUUUGUGAAAAUUGAUUGAUUACUUGUUAUAUUGGUGGAGAAUGUGAGCACUGAGCAGGAUUGGAUGGAAGAGCCUGAAGCAAUGGUCCAGUUUGUAGCAAUGCUGUUUUCUUGUAGAUUAUAUCUUGUUUGGACUUUUUUUUUCACUAGCAGUGUGAAUGAAUUUUUCGUGUAAUUUAACUUCGGACAUAUUAACAGAUAUAUAUUGUUAGA